AUGAGUACUCAAACCAUCCUCCGGCAGGCCUCCAGCAAACUGGCUGUUGACGCGGCCGUUGCCUGGAACAUUCCCGUCCCUCUCAUCAUCAACGGCAGGGACGUAACUACCGACAAGACGUUUCCUGUCAUUGGACCUCUCACUAACAAGAAGAUCUGGUCUGCCGCCGCUGUCUCUGAUAGGCACGUGGCCGAGGCCGCACGCGCCGCCGAGACUGCUUUCCCCGCCUGGUCAACGACUAAGCCGUCGUUUCGGCGCGACAUCUUUCUUCGCGCUGCCGAUGUGAUCAACAAGCGGCGCGCUGAGCUCGGUGAGUAUAUGCACCACGAGAUCGGCGCAAACCAGGAUUAUCAGGACUUUAUCUUGGGCCUGGCCAUCGAGGGGCUUAAGGACACUGCGGGCCGAAUCGCGGGCGCGGUACAGGGUGAGGUGCCGGAGUCGAUCCACGAUGGAAUGCGCGCCAUCGCUCAUAGGAGACCAUAUGGUGUUGUGUUGGGGAUUGCGCCUUGGAAUGCCCCGUACCAUCUUGGCCUCCGCUCCGUCACCUACGCUCUCGCUGCUGGAAACACUACCAUCCUCAAGGGCUCUGAGCUCUCUCCGCGUUGCUACUGGGCUAUCGCUGACGUCUUUCGGGAGGCUGGCUUGCCCGAUGGCUGCCUCAACCUCAUCUUCCACCAGCCUGCUGACGCUGCCGCUGUGACUGAGAGCAUUAUCGCCCAUCCGGCCGUCAAGAAGAUCAACUUUACUGGCAGCACGAAGGUCGGCAGUAUUAUUGCCGCCUCUGCGGGGCGCCACCUAAAGCCUGUGCUGAUGGAGCUCGGCGGCAAGGCAAGCGCCGUGGUGCUGAAGGACGCCGACCUCGAGAAGGCGGCGCUGCACUGCACGAGAGGAGCGUUCCUUAAUGCCGGACAGAUUUGUAUGUCUACCGAGAGAAUCAUCGUCCACUCGUCCAUCGCCGAGGACUUCAAGGUAGCCCUUAGCGCUGCUAUUGAGCGCACCUUCGAAUCGGACAGCGACAUACCUACCCUCGUGACCGCAGCCGCCGCAUCCCGGAACCAUGGGCUCGUUGCCGACGCUAUAUCCAAAGGCGCUAAGGCCAUUCCGCUCUUUGGUGGCCGUAGUGUUGAGGCGGUCGAGACCCAUAUGCGGCCCGUUGUGCUGACGGGCGUCGACAAGAGUAUGGACCUCUAUGCGUCGGAGUCGUUUGGGCCCAGUGUUUCCUUCUUCACUUUCGAGACUGAGGCCGAGGCGCUGGCCCUUGCAAACGACACCGAGUAUGGGCUCGCGGCGUCAGUGUUCACAGAGGACCUCCGGGCUGGGUUUCGCAUCUCCGAGGCCCUGCAGUCCGGCGCAGUACACAUCAACUCGAUGACGGUGCACGACGAGUUCGCACUACCGCAUGGUGGUGUUAAGAAGAGCGGGUUCGGGCGGUUUAAUGGAUACCAGGGUCUCGAAGAGUUCUUGUAUUGGAAGACCGUUACUUGGAUGGAGUGA